GCGAGGAGGGGCGUGGCCUGCGCGGUGGAGUCGCAGCAGCCUGCCCGGCCCGGCGGCCGAGUCGUCGUCAUUGUCGCAGGCAGCCAUGGCGUACGGAGGCCUGGCGGUGCCUAUCGUCGUCAUGAGCGUUUUCUGGGGGGUGGUCGGCGGGGUGCUGCCGUGGCUCGUGCCCAAGGGGCCCAACCGGGGUGUUAUCAACACAAUGCUGGUGACGUGUGCUGUCUGCUGCUAUCUCUUCUGGCUAAUUGCAAUUCUGGCUCAGUUGAACCCACUCUUUGGGCCGCAGCUAAAAAGUGAAAUAAUCUUGUAUCUAAAAGAGCAUUGGCCAUAAUGGAGCCCUCUUCUAUUAUGCCUUGCGGACUAGGGUAUGAAGAGGUUUUCUCUAUGAGACUGUCCAUUGAUCCAAAGAUGUCCUUAAUGUACUCUGAAUUCAACCAAGUCUACUUUAAUGCCUUACUGUUUUGUCUGUCCUGAGAAUGGUUGUCUAAAACAUUUUCUGUGUGAGUUGUUGUUUUUUACUCUUUGAAGUGCCUAAUGGAUAUACUGUGCCUCUUGAGUAUAACUUUGUGCUUGAAUAUCAGGUGUUACAAACUAUUCCAUCUCUACUUGCUUCCUUGCCACAGUGGCUCGAUGAAACCAAGCACUGCCUAUCUCUGAACAUUUUUUGCCUUACCAAUUUUCAUAAUAGACAGACUCAUGACUAUUUAAAGCAUAGUUUGAAUGUUAUCUGAUGUCUUAAAUUAAAAUUAUUGUGUUUCUAAGAUCUGGAAUAAAAUUCUGUACUGUUUAA